AUGGAUCAGAACAAAUUAAUUGAAGCCUUGAAGGCCACCCUGAUUCCGGAACAGAGAGAGCAGGCUGAAGCUUAUCUCACCGGGGUUCAAAAGAUCAUCAACUUUGUCCCUCAACUGCUUCAACUUGUCAUGAAUCCGGAGAUCGACACUGCUGUCAGGCAGUCAGGAGCCAUAUAUAUGAAGAACAUGAUGGCCCAAUACUGGGAAGACAAGACCAAUGAUGUCAAACCAGGUCAACCAAUCCCCUUCUGUAUACACGAGAAUGACAAGCAGAUCAUCAGAGACAACAUUGUACAGGCCAUCAUUUCACUUCAAAAUCCAAUCAGAGUCCAGUUAUCAGUCUGUGUGAGUAUCAUAGUGAAGAAUGAUUAUCCUGGCAAGUGUUCAGGCAUCAUUGAAAAGGUCAUGGCUAUUUUGACCUCCAGUCAGCACGAUGCUUACCUCGGCGCCCUCAUCUGCCUCUACCAAGUAGUCAAACAUUAUGAGUACAAGAAAUCAGCAGAGCGUGACCCACUUAAUGAUGUCAUGACCCAUAUUCUACCAAUCAUACAUCAGCUGGCUGCUACACUUCUUGAGGACCAAUCAGAACCCAGCAUCUUGAUACAGAAGCAAAUACUAAAAAUAUUCUUUGCACUUGUUCAAUUCUUCUUGCCACUCAACCUCAUCAAUCACAAUGUCUUCACCCAAUGGAUGGAGCUUGCUCGUCGCAUCACUGAACGACCCCUACCUCCACACAUCGACGAAUUGGACGAGGAUGAACGAGGUGACACUGUCUGGUGGAAAUGCAAGAAGUGGGCUGUUCAUCUGAUGACCAGAUGUUUUGAGAGGUAUGGUAGUCCAGGUAAUGUCUUGAAAGAGUAUGCUGAAUUCUCUGAAUACUUCCUAAAAACCUUUUCUGUUGGAUGCCUGCAAGUGAUUAUGGGUUUGCUGGAAAGGUAUGUUAAAAAACAGUUUGUCGCCCCCAGAGUUUUGCAACUGUCCCUUCAGUAUAUUGAUAUUGGAAUCAUCCAUUCUCUUACAUGGAAAGCUAUGAAGCCACACAUCCAGGUUGUAAUUCAGGACAUAAUCUUCCCGCUGUUGGGUCACACAGACGAGGAUGAGGACCUCUGGAAAGAUGAUCCUGUUGAGUACAUCAAAGUCAAAUAUGAUAUAUACGAGGAGUUUUUCAGUCCGACAACAGCAGCUCAAAAUUUAUUGGACGACGUGGUGCGCAAGAGGAAGGAGGUUCUAGCAAAAACGAUGGCCUUUUCUGUCCAGGCACUCAUGUCCAAUGAAGAGAGAGUUAAAGAUCAGGCACUGCAUAUGAUUGGCUGCCUGGCUGAUGUUUUGCUCAAGAAAAACCCUUACAAAGAUCAAGUUGAGCAGAUGUUGGUUGCUCAUGUCUUUCCACACUUCGCCAGCACUCAGGGCUUCCUUAGAGCCAGGGCCUGCUGGAUGAUGUGCAGUUUCAGUGAAUUGAAGUUCAAGAACCUGAACAACUUGCAGCUGGUCACCGAGUCAUUGUGUCGUCUGCUCAAUUCCGAUAAGGAUCUGCCCGUUAGAGUUGAAGCCGCCGUAGGACUCCAGAAGUUAUUGUCUGAACAAUCCAGAGUUAAAGAUAUGCUUAUUCCUUGUGUGCAUCAAAUAUUCAAAGAUCUGCUAAGUCUGAUGCAGGAAACAGAGACUGACAACAUCUCGGGCUGCCUGCAAAACUUCGUUUACACAUACUCAGAGGAGGUCAAGCCUCUUGCCGUGGAAAUAACUACACAUCUUGCGAGCACGUUUGCAAAACUUGUAGAAUCCUCUAGCACUAGUGAGAGCAGUGAUGACAAGUCAAUAGUAAUCAUGGGCAUACUGAACAGUUUGGAGACCCUUUGCCAAGUUGUUGAGGAUCAAAAAGAGAUAUUGCACUGCAUCGAAGGGAUAAUAAUUGAGGUCAUCAAAGUCAUACUGAGGUACAAUGUUUCAGAGUACUUUGAAGAGAUGCUUUCCCUAAUUUAUAGCCUGACCAGUUCCCAAGUGUCCCCACAAAUGUGGGAUGCCCUUCCCAUCAUUUAUGACCUCUUCAAGAAAGAUAGCAACAUAGACUACUUCAGUGACAUGAUGCCUGCCCUACACAAUUACAUCACUGUCGAUCCACCGGCCUUCUUACAACAGCCAGCUAGGAUUGAGAUCAUGUACAAUAUGGCUAAAGAUAUUCUGAAUGGCGAACUUGGAGAUGCUGGAGAAGAUGCAGAAAGUCACGCCGCCAAGCUGCUCGAAAUCAUGCUGCUUCAAUUUAAGGACCUUACUGAUCUUUCUUGUAAAAUGACUCCAAUCUUCAUCCAGUUGAUUUUGUCUCGUCUCUCGCGCCCCAUACAGACCACGGAACUAAGAACAAUGUGUCUACAAGUCAUCCUCGCUUCCAUCUUCGUCAAUCCAUCUCUCACAUUGCACAUCCUCUCUGAGGUUCAGUUCUCUAAUGCCGGGGACCAUUCGAUGAUUAGGCAGAUCGUUAUGCAGGUCAUCGAGAACAGUGACUCUUUUUUCGGAGUGCACGAUCGCAAAAUGUUCAUCCUCGGUUUCAGCACCCUGCUGAGUCUGCCGGAAGGUGCUCGACCGCCUGCCAUCAACGAUCUGGCUCCAAAGAUGCUGUCCUCACUCAUCGUCGUUUUCAAAGGCAUUAAGAAAGCUUAUGAAUAUCAGUCCCAACAGGAAGAGGAAAAUGAAAAGGAAGAAGAAGAUAAUGACGAAGAAGAUGCCGAUGAUAACGAGUUGGAUGACGAUGAUGACGUCAUCGAUCAUGAGGGAGAAGACUACCUCGAGAAGAUGGAAAAGGCUGAUGAGGGAGAUGAUGACGACGACGACGACGAUGAAGACGGUGACGAAGAGACAAUGUUGGAAUCGUACCUGACAGUUCUCGACGGGGAGAACUCACCUUUCGAAGAGUACCAGAUGUUUAGGACUGUAGUUGAAGGCAUCCAUUCAAAGGACGUCAUGUGGUAUCAGAUGUUAACAGCUACUCUCACGGAAGAUGAAAAAAAGGAGUUGGAAGAUAUAUUUCGAUUGGCUGAGCAGAAGAGGGCUGCACAAGAAUCAAAGAAGAUAGAGAUGGCUGGUGGUUAUAAUUUCCCUUCAACUCAAGUACCCAGUAGUUUCUGCUUCGGGGGCGGUCCUCCGGCAUCAUGAAUAUUCAAUUAGCAACCGUUUCUUAUAAAAAAAACAUGGUUGAUUCGUUUGUUAUAAAUACUAUUAUUAUUUUAUUUUCAUUAUUAUUUCGAUUUUAUGCUUUUUUUGAGUCGUAUUUAAAGUGUGUUGCUAGCGUUAUUUAUGUACCAUAUAUGUGUGUUUCAAUGAUUUUUAAAUUUCAUUCAUUCAUUUAUUUAUUUAUUCGUUUUUUUUCUAGUAAUAGAUGAAACUAAAUCGAGAUGACGUUUGUUAAUUUCUCAAUUAUGAUUUUAUGCCAAACGUUUUAGUAUACUUUCAACGUUUCAAAAUUCGGAUUAUAUAUGUAUAUAUGGUACGUAUGUAUGGAUGUGUGUAUACAUAUAUAUAUACACACAUAUAUAAAUAUGUAAACACAUAUAUAUAUGUGUGUGUGUGUGUGUGUGUUAACGUAUAUAUCUAGUAAAUUAACAACAAUUUUGAAGUUGAACCAUGAAAAUCCUUUUGGAAACAAAAUUCAAGUGAUGUAAUUACAGACAUUUCAUUCGUUUUCAACCUUGAAACUUCAUUUGUUCAACUAUUCCUUGUUCUUUUACAUCAGCAGCGGACGUUAAAUUUUUAAAUUUAGUUUUUUAAAUGUUCUCUUAUUUAAUUUUAUUACAUGCGAUUUGGUUUAAAUAUCUAGUGGAAUGACCUGAUUAACCG